AUGGUUCAGGCUCGUUUACAACUCCGAUUCUUGACAUUGGCUGUUCUUUUCGUCAGAAGUCAUGGACAAGGUGACGUUGACCCAAAGCUGGACAUGUACGGUAUCAUUAAUGUCCUGUACCUGAAGGCCGACAAGGACAUGAAUGGAAUGAUCUCAGAACCAGAACUAGAGGACGUCUAUCAUGGUUUCGAUACAGAUGGCGAUGGCCAGGUGACCAAAACGGAGUUUGUGUCACUAUGGCAAUCGAUCACGCACCAGAAUCAGGAGCACGCAGAAGCUUUCUUCUACCUAGCUGAUCUCAAUGACGACAACAUUAUUGAUGCAAGAGACUUGAACCCCAUGUACAACGUCUUCGACACAGACGGUGACGGUCAAGUAACAGCCAACGAAUUUGCACAGAAAUGGAUCGGGAUAAUUUUGGAAGCUCCACUUGCCGUACUGUUCGAGAGGUCUGAUGUCAAUAAGGACAACAUACUCACAAAACACGAAUUUUCACUCUACUUCUCCUCUUUUGACACAAAUGGCGAUCAUAGCGUCACCAGAACUGAAUUCGAACACGGCUGGGUCUCUUCCGGCUUUGGUACCACGAAAGAAUCUGACACUUUUUUCGCCGCUUUGGACACAGACAGCGAUGGACGCAUCACAGCGUCACAUGAUCUGAACUCAAGAUUUACCUUGCUUGAUAUAAAUCAUGACCAUCAUCUUAUCAUUUUGGAAGUUGUUAAGAUGGCAGCGCUUUUACCGAAACCUUCUCUACAAGGUUAAUGUGAUAUUUUAAUACACUAAAAAGCAGAAUGUACUGGAUUUUCA